AUGGCCGCGAUGGACCGCUUUGACUUUUGUCUUGAUGCCUGGGUUAUGCUGCUCAUCCGGAACGUCUGUGCCGUUGACAUGGAUAGUUCGACAAAGUGGCGCUUCCGUGCAGCAGUCCACGAGGCCGAGCUCCGUGAUGCCGUACCAGACAAGGCCAUCACUUUCACGCAGCUUGCCGAUUCUAUGACCAUGAAGUCCUUUGCACUGCUGUCCGCCCUUUGCGGCCUGGGAUCCGCCCACUUUCUCCUCAACUACCCCAAAUCCAUUGGCUUCGACGACUCGAAUGAAGGCAAUGCUCCCUGUGGCGGAUUUACACCAGACUUGUCCAAGGACUUGGUCGAUUUUCACGUGGGCGGUGAUGCCAUCUCCGUGAAGCUCACCCACCCCCAAGGCAAUUGGCUCUUCCGCGUCACCACUGAUGAGAAGGCUGAAUCCGGUUGGGAACAGAUCUUCCCCAUUGUGCAACAGAGCGGGUUGGGAGACUUUUGUGAGCCUCAAGUCACAGUGCCCAGCAAAUACGCCGGCAAGAAGGGCGUUCUUAGUGUCGUUUCGUCUGCGACGGAUGGUCUUCUGUACCAGUGCGCUGUUGUCAACUUUGUCGAUGGCAAGGGUGACAAGCCGUCUGCCUGCGUGAAUGCGUCAAGCGUCAAGGCCUCGUUCACCGACGAUUCCAAGCUCACUGCACUCGUGGGCAGUGGCUCAUCAUCUACACCUACAUCUGGCUCUGGAUCCAGUACUGCAUCAAAGACGUCGGCUAGCGCGACAGCUACACACUCGGGUGCUGCAUCAUCGCUUCAUGCUUGGUCCCUCACCAGCGCGGGAUGGGGUGGUGCGUUGACUAUUCUGUGCAUGGCAAUGCUGGGUGGAGCUUUGAUGAUUUAA